AUGGCUGAAAAAAAAUUUAAGCUGAAGCCUCUUGUUGACAGUGAAGCUAAAAAGGUGCUAUUUGCUGAAGCUGAGAAAGAAAUUGCAGAUUUUCUCUUUUAUUUACUUUCUUUGCCUGUUGCCACUGUUGUAAGGCUCUUGGAGAAGAAAAGCAUGGUUGGCUGCUUAGGUAACCUUUACCAGAGCAUUAAAGGUCUGAGUGAAACAUAUAUGCAGCCAAACCAAGACAAGAAUUCUCUACUAAAUCCAAAGUCUCCAAUUUCUUCUACUGAAAUACCCCUCUUGUUGCCCGAUCAUGUAUUUGAGAAACGGAAUGUUUACCUGUGCCCAUACUGCAGUUCAAAUGUGGCUGAUAAUCCAAAGAUUAUUUGUCCAAGUUGCAACAGGCAAAUGACCAGGGAGGUUCCUUAUUUAACUGCUAGUAGUAAGUCCAUUGGGACAAGUACGGCGGCCGUGGCUGAGGGGGGUUUCGUUAAAGGGGUGGUGACAUGA